UUCGACGUUGUAAAGCCACUGGGCUUAUUUUAACAAUAUUGAACCUCUUCCAAGUCCUCUUCCAAGUCCUCUUCCAAGUCCAUCUCGUGAACAAAAACGAAAAGAAAAAAAAAAACCCCAGACGAAUCUACUUCGUACACCUUAUUCAAUGUUCAUUUGGUGACACUUUCAUCCACCCCCUUCUUGUCCCUCCUGGGGAAACUUUCAUUUCAUGCCAAGAAUCCGAACCACCCUCGUUCACCAUGAAUGAAGUCGACGCCUCGGAACACUAUCAAGGGGCCACCUCCACGGCCGGGGACACCACGUCCCUGUGCACUGUGAUCAUCGACACCAACCCUCGCGCCUGGGCCGCCAUGAAUGACGUCUUGCCCCUCCACAAGGCCGUCUCCAACAUCCUCAUCUUCCUCAAUGCCAACCUCGCCUUCAACAAUUCGAACCAGGUCGCCGUCAUCGCCUCCCACACCAAUCGCGCCGUUUGGCUCUAUCCUUCCCGACCAGACCCCCCGCGACCCUCCCACGAUGGCGGCUCGACCGAAGACAUAGACAUGACCGACGCACCGCCAGCCUCAACCGUGCCCACGCGCGCUACUUCCUCCGCCAACAAGUAUCCCCAGUUCGCCCAGAUCGAGACCGCCGUCCUCGCCAGCCUCAAGAAGCUCCUCGACGAGACCACCGAGCCUGACCUCUCCUGCACCACCUCCCAGCUCUCCGGCGCUCUUACCCUCGCCCUCGCCCACAUCAACAAGACCUCCCUCGCCCUCGCCGCCAACUCCCUCUCCGAUAAGGCCAACUCCGUCCCCGGCGCCGCCGCCGCCUCCUUCUCCUCCUCCACCAUCGCCCCGGGCAUGUCGGCCCACAUACUCGUCCUCUCCGUUUCGGACGCCGAGCCUUCCCAAUACAUCCCGACCAUGAACGCCGUCUUCGCCGCCGCCCACGCCCAGAUUCCCAUCGACGUCAUCGCCCUCUCCCCGGCCUCCGUUCGCAGCAGCAACAACAACAACAACAACAACAACAACACCUCCCCCCCUGACGGGCCCGACUCUCGACCCCCCCGACCGGGCUCCCACGCUGCCAACCACUCCGCUUCAGCCACCUCCUCUUUCCUCCAACAAGCCGCCCACAUAACCAACGGCAUCUUCCUGUGCCCCUCGACCCCGCGGGGCCUCCUCUCCUACCUGACCUUCGGCCUCGCCUGCGCCGACAAGACCGCCCGCGCCGCCCUCGUGCCCCCGACCCACCACUCCGUCGACUUCCGCGCCGCCUGCUUCUGCCACGGCCGCGUCGUCGACACGGGCUUCGUCUGCUCCGUCUGCCUCAGCAUCUUCUGCUCCGUGCCCACCCUCGCCAGCGGCGACAACUCCACUGCCAAUACUCCUACUACUACUACUACUACCAAUACUGCUACUACCUCACACACCGCUCCCGUGGAGUGCCUCACCUGCGGCACACGCCUCGCCCUAGGCUCAUACGGCGCCCGUCCCGCCGUCGUCCCCCGCCGCCGCAAGAAGAAGAAGCAGCGCGUCCUCCCCAAUGGGAGCGUCAGGGAGGAGACGGGCAGUGCGACAGCUACGCCUGCGAGGUGACGAAAAUCGCCGGACCCAAAAACAAACUAAAAGUAUAAUAACGAUAAUAAUGAAAGAAGGAAACAAAAAAAAAAAAAAAGGCAAAAGACAAAACAGAUCCCCGCGUGUCUGAGAAGCACCGCCCAUUGCAAAAGGCAUGUUCGAUGACCUGGCUGGCAAGAAACGCCUUUGC